CGCAGACUCUCCGAAUUUUUGCUGGAAACUCUUUUAUAACCCUCUACUCUCAUCUAGGUAAGAUUUUCGAACCCAACAACCCCUCAUUUCUGACACCCGACAACCCGAGAUUCAACAAACAUGGCACCUCAAUUGCUCGCGAUAUGGCGCCAAUCGGCCGCCCGAAAGGUUCCAAAGACAAGCCUCGCCGUCCGGGAGCGCCCAAGCGUGGACAUCCCCAGGGUAGCACGAAGCGCGCAGACGUUCAAAGUCGAAAGGCUUUGCAUCCGUCUCAGGAUCACACGUUGAUCCUCCCAAGAGUAAGUCCUUCCUGUUGUGUGGCAUAG